ACGUUGGCCCGGACGUGGCACUCGGCUCUCGGUCCUGUGUGGAAAUCGCCCCGGAUCAGUGCGAAACUACCACACGUCGCUUUCUGCUGUGGCUGAUAUCAGUUGCUUUCUCCCCCCCUCCCCUCAACCCGCAGAUUCAAACACCCUCGGCUAAACAUGGGGCUCACCAUCUCGUCGAUCUUCAGCCAGUUGUUCGGCAAAAAGCAGAUGAGGAUUUUGAUGGUUGGACUGGAUGCUGCUGGAAAAACAACUAUCCUGUACAAAUUGAAGCUCGGUGAAAUCGUAACCACCAUCCCAACCAUUGGUUUCAAUGUGGAGACAGUGGAAUAUAAAAAUAUCAGUUUCACUGUAUGGGAUGUGGGUGGCCAGGACAAGAUUAGACCCCUCUGGAGACAUUACUUCCAAAACACACAGGGCCUCAUCUUUGUAGUGGACAGUAAUGACAGAGAAAGAGUGGCAGAGUCUUCCGAAGAGCUCUCAAAGAUGUUGAUGGAGGAUGAGUUGAAAGACGCAGUUUUGCUGGUGUUUGCUAAUAAACAGGACCUUCCCAAUGCCUUAUCAGUCAGUGAACUCACAGACAAACUCGGCCUACACGCCCUCCGCAACAAAACUUGGCACAUUCAGUCAACCUGCGCCACCCAGGGCACUGGGCUCUACGAAGGACUUGACUGGCUAUCCAAAGAGUUGUCCAAGAACUAAUGAAGGAACAGCUGGACAGAUGCGAGAGAGACUGAACACCACAGGACAGGAGAAGGCACAGACAUUCGAUCCAUCAACAUUUGGUCUUCCACCACCAAUGUUCACAAAAAAGGACAAGGCUGGUGGACUAUAUAAUCAUCUUUGGGAAAUUUUUAAUAUCUCAUAUUUUUUCUUUUAUUAUCAAUACUCUUAGUAUAUUAUCUCUUGACAUAGUCUCUAUUUUCCUCCUUUUGUUUCCAAACUCUUACAUGGCAACAGGUUGUAUUUACACAUUCAGUUGCGUGAUGAGCAAAUGGCCAGUUGGGGAAUUUUCAUGGAAACAAGCAAUAGAGUGACAGGAGUUGUUUUUCCACUUCACACAUUGGCUCCUGUCUAGUCAGUGUUUGCUGUAAUGAACCACUUCUAUAUUUGUUGGACUUACUUAUAACCAUUGUUGAGCAUAGGUUGGAGAAUAUGAAGGACAACUUGUUGGGAGCCAUAAGUUGUCCAUCUCCACAGCCCUUUGUGGAUAUGUGACUCCCUUGCAGACCCUUUGCUCUUCAUUGCUUUGUCCUCAAUCUCAUACCAACUCAUUUCUGUAAAGGCCUGUCGCCCAUAGAAUGAGACGGAUGAGGAUUGCGGUGAUUUCACAGAUAGUUUUUGUUGGUAGUGUGAAACUACGUUGCCUCCCAGUAAAUGGAUCUAAAAAGGAACAUUGUGCCUUACGGUCCCUCUUUACACAAAUCUGAGUAAUCCUUUCUGUAUCUCAUAAUUACGCCAUGCUCCCUCCUAAAAUGCUUUAUUGACUCUUGCCUUAUGAAAGACAAAAUAAUGCAAUAAGACACUUCCUCUUGUGCUGCAAUGUAUGUGUGUGGUACAGCAGAACCACACCAGUGUGAGUGUUCAUUGCUUCUUUGCAACUUGACUUCACUAUAAACCAGGAUCUGUCUUGUUUAACAUUUGAGAAAUUGUCCUCACUCCUCUAUCUUCUUUUUUCUAACCACCAUGAAAACAUUAUUUAAUAAAAAUUCCAGUUCUUCUAUCCACUCAAACAGAAAAUCAUUUUUUUUACCGUAAAAGGAGGAAGUAAGCAUUUUUCCAGUGUUGACACAUGGCCAGUGUCAGUGCAACACAGUUAAGUAGCAUGUUUUUGCUGUGGUUUUCUGUCCUUUUUUUUUUUUGCAGCGGCUUAAUGCUGAGUUUGUUGUACUGUCUGGAAGCAAAUACUGUAUUAUAUUCUUAAUUAUUCUACCCCUCUUGGAACUCAAACAUACCUGCCCAUCAAUUUAUUUGUGUAUACAUUCCAAGCUAUGCUUGCAGUCGCUGAAGCUGCCACUCUUAAAACUAUUCGCUAAAAAUAUUUUGCAAAAAAAGCUCUGAAUAAAGCCAAUGUUAAAAGAAA